GUAACUGAAUCUUGCUCGAAUUAUAGUGAACUAUGGGCGCUCGUGCCAAAGUACAACAUGUAGCUCAUGCAACAGUCGUAGCGCAUGGCAUGGAUUGAGAUUUCUCAGUGCUCGCCCUCUUUCACAUCGAUCUCCCCUUCGAGCUCUCGCCACGGCUAUCGCCAUGGCGUCCCGGCGUGUCCUCAUCGGAGCUGGGAAGCGCUUCAACUAUUACAGAGAAGUUAUUCAAUAUCUCCUGUAAGCGUUUCGCUUCGUGUUCCUUUGGUAACUUACUACCCACUCCCUCAUUGCAAGGUAACAAUCCGCCAUAAGAUCGCCUAUCGCAUCUGGAUCAACCUCUGGGCCUGUCUUCAAUCUCUUCAUUGCGCCCGCCAUCAUCGCAUUAAGGAUCUUCAGCUCAGAGUUCUCAAGCGGCCCAGAGUCUGCGAGUUCACUCUGGUCUCGAGGGGUUCCUGCGAAUCCGCACAAAUCAAUAUGUUUGAAGAGUUCUGCGCAUUCGCUCGGUUUAAGCCCAGAAUUUUCGCGACCGCUGUCGAACGUACGUCAAUCGGCGCUAUCGAUUGGUGAUAAAAGUUGGCUUGCGGCUGGACUGUGAAUCAGAUAGACGAGAAUUUGACCGUUUGGGUAGUGCGGGAAUGUGAGAAUACCGAUGAGGGUUAAAACAUUCGAUAGACACUUUAUGGUGAUCGCACUGCCCAAAAGUGCAAUGUAAAAGUGUACAGGGAUGGGCACCCAGGUCACGCUGGCGAACGCAAAUCGCCGCCAGCGCUUGAAUCGUCGAGUGAUCUCCUGAAUGGACCACGCUCAAGCAGGGAUUUGCUAGAUCGCUUGCUCAGAAUGUGAUAAAACAUGCCACGUCACAGCUACGAGCAGGUAUUGAGGCUCGUCUGGCACUUCUUC